AUGCUGGUUUACUCCCUCGGAGGGUGUGAUAUGAAGAAGAAGCGCUUCAACGGAGACGGCUUCGUCACUGACUCGGACAGUGGGAGUUCGGUUGACCUAGGUACGACCGCCUCCGACACCGAUGAUGACGACGGGCUCGUGAGGCACCCAGGCAUGCGGAUGCUUCUUGAGCAAGAGGCAGAGCUUCAUAGUCAGAUCGCGAGGCUUUCUGCCAAGAAGACGAGUGACAGCGGUGACGAGGGGGACACGAAGUUCACAGCCGCUCAGGAGGAUGAGUCAGUCAAGAUGGGCAUCGACAAGUUGAUGGCUAGGCUGGUGGCGGAUGAGAAGCAGGUCUCGGAUGAUCAGGGUGGCGCAGGCGGGGCUGUGCGAGGGAAGGUGGUCUCAUCACUCGACGGGCUGAGCGCAACGGCAGUGAAGAACUUCGUCUCGCAAGGGCAGCCCGGGAAGUCGAUCGACCAGUACAUCCAGGAGCUGGAGCAGGAGGCCCGCGACCCGCGGGCGGCCAUGCUUUCCCAGCUGAAGCAGUAUGAGGCCGCGGACUGGAGCAUUGGCCCGUCUCAGUCUCGCAUCGCCCCCAUGGUUCUUGCCAGUAUGUACAAGUUCGGGACGAGCGCCAAGUCCCAGGUCCAGCAGUACGUUCGGUCGAAGGAGCUGGAGUCAUGCCAUGCAGCUAGCGAGAUGGCGUUGAUGGCGGCUAUCAUGGACAGGAUGCUGAAUGCCGACCAGGACAUGGUCAACAGCCAGGCGGUCGAGGUCAUCUGCAGGCGUUUGUACGGUGGGAAGCGCUGGAAGAGCAAGAUGCGGUGGGAGCUCGCAGAUGAGUGCGACGCGGUCGCGCUGGAGAGCGACGACUGGGCCAUCACGGAUGCCGACGAAGGGGUUCGUAAGCGCCUGGAGCGGAAGGCUUUGUUCAACAAGUACCUUGACAAGGCCUUUCCCGACGGCGGCAAGGCAAGUGCGGAGCGUUGCCGCCUUUGCUUUGUGCUCUUCAAGUACCUGUUCAAGUUCGUGUUCUUGGUGACGGUCCUGAGCGACCUCUUCUGCGGCUUCGGCGUGGGUGGCGCGGGACCUCUGGAGUCGCUGGCGGGCCCGAGCCUCGCCGACGGAGCGCCAGUCUUAAAGCAGCUGGCGUCGCGGGCCGUCGGGUGGCAUCAGGCGAAGGAGAAGGAGGGAGCGGCCGCGGGGCCGCAGCGUGGCGACAUGUGCCCUAUGAAGGUCAGCGAGGUGCCCCUCCCGCCGCCGGGGUCAGCGCCGAUCCCGAUCGAGACCAUGUCGCCGUCGAGUCGCCCGUACCUGAGGGGGCCGAUAAGGACGAUGGUGCUCGGCGACCACGAGGUAGACUGGGCGGCUUACGACAUGAUCAAGCCGUACAGCGACCCUAGCCUGAAGCAGAAGCAGGUGAAGCUGGAGCUGCCGGAGAGGCUGGCCGGGUCGGGCAUGCUCGGGAUGUGCGACGAGGUGGUGGAGGAGGUAAAGGUUUUCACAGUCCUGAAGAGGAUCGACGAGAAGACGGGGCAGCGGAGCUCGAGGCUGAUUUGGGACAUGAGGAGGUCCAACAUGAGGUUCAGGAGUCCGCCCAGGGUCGCCAUGGGUUCGGCCGCGGCCCUCUGCGGGGUCGACUUGAGUUCGAGCGUAUGUGGAGACCUGGAGGUGACCAGCUUCGUCGGGGAUGUGCCGGACUUCUUCUACAAGCUGCUCUUGCCGGAGGGGCUGUGGGGCUACUUCGGCUUCGAGGGCGUGUCUGGAGAGGAGUUGCGGGCGCGCCUGCAGAAGCGAGGGCGGCAGGACCUUGUCGAGCAACUCGGAGGUGGAGUUCGAGUUUGCUUGCGGGUGCUGCCCAUGGGCUUCGCGUGGGCGGUCUUCUUCGCCCACUCGGCCCUGCAGGACGUGAUGGAGGGCGAGGGCGGGCUGAGCGUGGCAGGGAGGGUGCAGCGUGGCGCCCCCCCUCCCCAGUUCUAUCGCGAGUCGCUCUUGCACUGGAUCUUCAUGGACGACUACGCAGGCUUCCGUCUCGAGCCAAAGGGCACCGCAGUGGAGGAGUUUCAGGUGAAGAAGGACGGAGCAAGGGCCCGACGGGCCCUGGAGGCGGUCGGGCUGUCGGCUCGCAAGGAGGACGUCGGGCGGGGCCUCGAGCGCUCGCUGGGGGCCACCCUGGAUGCGGGCAGCAAGGUCUUGCAGGUGGUGGAGGAGAAGAUCCGCGUGGCGGUGCUGGCUACGGAGGCGCUGCUGAAGCAGGAUCGGGCCGUCCCCACGGCGGUCGAAUCGCUGAUGGGUCUCUGGGCGUGGAUCUUCACCUGCGCGAGAGGGGCCAUGAGUGUGCCUCGCCACGUCUACAGGUGGAUCCAGGAGUACCGAGGCGAGCAGGAGGCCCCUUUGUGGGACGAGGUCCUCGACGAGUUCUUUGUCAUGGUCUCCUUGUCGGUCUAUUACGGGACCUUCCUGGGGUCCGAGUGGCACGAGUGGAUCUUCAUGACGGACGCGAGCCACCUUGGUUUCGGUAUUGUGGCGAGCCGCUCGGACGUGAACGAGAUGAGGGCCCUCUGCGAGGCGGGCGACGAGCAAGGAUGGUCGACGCAGCUUCACGAGGCCUACUCGGGAGUGGAGGAGGACGAGCUCGACCACGUCACCCCG